AUGUCUUCAUCUACCAACUCGUUGAUGAAACCGUUGUCUUCGAAGAAUAUCGAGCCUCGUUCUCGUGGUAAAGUGACUGUUAUAGGUGUUGGAAUGGUUGGAAUGGCUGCAGCAUUCUCUACCAUGCAAGUGGCAGGAGAACUCGCACUUAUUGAUGUCGUAGCAGAUAAGGUUAAAGGAGAAGUUCUUGAUCUACAGCAUGGUCAACAGUUUAUUGGCAGGUGCAAAAUUGAUGGAGGAACCGAUUACAAAUACUCUGCAAAUUCAGAUAUUGUCGUCAUCACUGCUGGUGCCAGACAAAACGAAGGAGAAUCACGACUAAACCUUGUUCAGCGUAAUGUUGAUAUAUUCAAGAAAAUAAUACCAAAUGUUGUCAAGUACAGUCCAAACUGCAUCAUAGUCGUCGUAUCGAACCCUGUCGAUAUUUUGACAUAUGUUGCUCGAAGAUUGAGUGGAUUUGAAGCUCAUAGAGUAAUUGGGACCGGAACCAUGCUUGACUCGGCGAGGUUUCGUUUUCUGUUAGGUGAGAAAUUGGGAGUAUCUGCCAAUUCUGUCCAUGGGUAUGUAAUUGGUGAACAUGGUGACUCGAGUGUUGCUGUUUGGAGUAAUGUGAAUGUUGCUGGAGUUCGGCUUUCUUCUCUAAAUCCAAAGAUAGGAGGCAAAGAUGAUCCUGAAAAUUUCGAGGAAAUACACAAGCAAGUUGUUCAGAGUGCUUAUGACAUCAUUCGCUUGAAAGGUUACACCUCAUGGGCGAUCGGGUUGGCAUGUGGAUCACUUUGUAGCGCACUACUAAAUAACCUUCAUACAGUUUAUCCACUCUCUGUUCCUAUCAAAGGAAUUCACGGAAUUGAAGAGGAUGUUUAUUUGAGUUUACCAUGUCUUGUUACUUCAGCUGGAAUCAGUCAUUUGAUUCUGCCUGAACUUAGUGCGGAUGAAUUGUGCAAAUUGAGAAAGAGUGCUGCCACUUUGAAUGAAGUGAUACAAAGAAUUGUUUGGUAA